AUGCGCAACGCUAAACAGGGUGGAGGAUCAGUUAUUAAUAUCUCUUCAGUUUCUGGUCUGAAUCGGGUACUAAUACCUGGGGGUUUUGCUUACGCUUCUUCAAAGAUGGCUCUUGACAUGCUCACUAGGAUGAUGGCACUUGAAUUGGGAGUAUACAAGAUAAGAGUGAACUCAAUAGCACCAGGAAUUUUCAAAUCUGAGAUAACAGAGAGACUUAUUCAAAAGGAACGGUUCCAUAAUUUUGUCUUCAGAACCUUUCCUUUGAGAGAUCUUGGAACGACAGAUCCAGCUAUAACAUCAGUUGUCAGGUAUUUAAUCCAUUCUUCUUCAGAGUAUGUAUCCGGCAAUAUUUUCAUUGUUGAUAGCGGAGGGAGCUCAACAGGUGUCCCAAUUUUCUCAUCACUAUAG